GGGCUGCGGGCUCCCGCCGCCCGCCCCGCGCUCCCCCCUCGCGCCCGGUGCGGCGCCCCCCGCCCCCACCCCUCCCCGCCCUCCCACCUCCCCACCCACCCCGCCAGCCCGUGACCCUCCCGCCCGCUCCGGCUCCCGAGCAGCCAGCGGCCACCGGCUCCGGCAGCGGCGCACAGCGAUUCGGUGCGGCGCGGCGAGCACGACGUUCCACGGGACCCGCGGAGCCGCGUCGUGAUCGCCGCCGGCCUCCCGCACCCGCACCCUCUCCGCUCGUGCCCUGCUCAGCGCGUCCUCCCGCGGCGGCCCGCGGGACGGCGUGACCCGCCGGGCUCUCGGUGCCCCGGGGCCGCGCGCCAUGGGCAGCCCCCGCUCCGCGCUGAGCUGCCUGCUGUUGCACUUGCUGGUCCUCUGCCUCCAAGCCCAGGAAGGCCCGGGCAGGGGCCCUGCGCUGGGCAGGGAGCUCGCUUCCCUGUUCCGGGCUGGCCGGGAGCCCCAGGGUGUCUCCCAACAGGUAACUGUUCAGUCCUCACCUAAUUUUACACAGCAUGUGAGGGAGCAGAGCCUGGUGACGGAUCAGCUCAGCCGCCGCCUCAUCCGGACCUACCAACUCUACAGCCGCACCAGCGGGAAGCACGUGCAGGUCCUGGCCAACAAGCGCAUCAACGCCAUGGCAGAGGACGGCGACCCCUUCGCAAAGCUCAUCGUGGAGACGGACACCUUUGGAAGCAGAGUUCGAGUCCGAGGAGCCGAGACGGGCCUCUACAUCUGCAUGAACAAGAAGGGGAAGCUGAUCGCCAAGAGCAACGGCAAAGGCAAGGACUGCGUCUUCACGGAAAUUGUGCUGGAGAACAACUACACAGCGCUGCAGAAUGCCAAGUACGAGGGCUGGUACAUGGCCUUCACCCGCAAGGGCCGGCCCCGCAAGGGCUCCAAGACGCGGCAGCACCAGCGUGAGGUCCACUUCAUGAAGCGGCUGCCCCGGGGCCACCACACCACCGAGCAGAGCCUGCGCUUUGAGUUCCUCAACUACCCGCCCUUCACGCGCAGCCUGCGCGGCAGCCAGAGGACUUGGGCCCCCGAGCCCCGAUAGGUGCUGCCUGGCCCUCCCCACAAUGCCAGACCGCAGAGAGGCUCAUCCUGUAGGGCACCCAAAACUCAAGCAAGAUGAGCUGUGCGCUGCUCUGCAGGCUGGGGAGGUGCUGGGGGAGCCCUGGGUUCCGGUUGUUGAUAUUGUUUGCUGUUGGGUUUUUGCUGUUUUUUUUUUUUUUUUUUUUUAACAAAAGAGAGGCUCUAUUUUUGUAUUCCA